GGUCCAGUGCUUAAAUACGGGCAAGGACAGGGCUCUGUCUCCUCAGCCUCAGUCACCAGCCCUGACCUGGGACAGUGAAUCGAUAAUGGCACCCUCCAUCACACGGGGCCUCCUGCUGCUGGCAGCCCUGUGCUGCCUGGUCCCCAUCUCCCUGGCUGGAGUUCUCCACGGACACGCUGUCCAAGAGACAGAUGAUACAUCCAACCAGGAAGCAGCCUGCCACAAGAUUGCCCCCAACCUGGCCAACUUUGCCUUCAGCAUAUACCACCAGUUGGCCCAUCAGUCCAACACCAGCAACAUCUUCUUCUCCCCAGUGAGCAUCGCUUCAGCCUUUGCAAUGCUUUCCCUGGGAGCCAAGGGCAACACUCACACUGAGAUCCUAGAAGGCCUGGGUUUCAACCUCACUGAGCUAGCAGAGACUGAGAUCCACAGGGGCUUUCAGCAUCUUCUCCACACUCUCAACCAGCCAAACCACCAGCUGCAACUGACCACUGGCAAUGGUCUGUUCAUCAAUGAGAGUGCGAAGCUAGUGGAUACGUUUUUGGAGGAUGUCAAGAAUCUGUAUCACUCUGAAGCCUUCUCCAUCAACUUCAGGGAUGCUGAAGAGGCCAAGAAGAAGAUCAAUGAUUAUGUAGAGAAGGAAAGCCACGGAAAAAUUGUGGAUUUGGUAAAUGUUCUUGACCAAGACACAGUUUUUGCUCUGGUGAAUUACAUAUCCUUUAAAGGAAAAUGGGAGAAGCCCUUCGAGGCGAAACACACCACAGAGAAGGACUUCCACGUGGAUGAGCAAACCACCGUGAAGGUGCCCAUGAUGAACCGCCUGGGCAUGUUUGACCUCCGCUACUGCGACAAGCUCGCCAGCUGGGUGCUGCUGUUGGACUACGUGGGCAAUGUCACCGCCUGCUUCAUCCUGCCCGACUCGGGGAAACUGCAGCAGCUGGAGAACAAGCUCAACAAUGAGCUCCUCACCAAGUUCCUGGAAAAGAAAUAUGCAAGUUCUGCCAAUUUACAUUUGCCCAAACUGUCCAUUUCUGAAAAGUACGAUCUGAAAACUGUCCUGGGCAAACUGGGCGUCACCAAGGUCUUCAGCAACGGGGCUGACCUCUCAGGGAUUACCACGGAUCAGCAUCUGAAGGUGUCCAAGGCGCUCCACAAGGCUGCUCUGACCAUCGACGAGAAAGGGACAGAAGCUGCCGGGGCCACAAUUCUGGAAGCCAUCCCCAUGUCCCUUCCCCCAGAGGUCGAGUUCAACAGACCUUUCCUCUACAUCAUCUACGAUAGAAACACCAAGUCUCCCCUCUUCGUGGGAAAGGUGGUGAAUCCCACCCAAGCCUAACUGCCUCUCGGGGUUCAGCCCUCCCCUCCCAGUCCAGGUCCCCCUCCUGCCUCCCCCUCCUCCCUCCACAGCAUUAAAGGAUGACUGACCUAGCCCGA